GCAAAAUGCGGUUCGCUUACGUUGCCGGAGCACUUGUGAUUGGUGCCACCGUUUCUGAAGCGCGGGCUGUGCCUUCGAGCCCUUCGAAAAGACAGCGGGAAACGGCUGAGCGCGUCGAAGUUGUGCGCUUUGCAACACCGUCGCGUAUUUCAAGAAGGACGAAACUUGCGGACUGGAAUCCAACCUCAGAUGAUGACGCCUCGAACAAAGAUAGUAUCGAUCCACUAUCAUAUCGCGCUGGUAUUCCUGGCACUGGACAGUUGAAUCCAAGCGGUUCGACUUUAGAUACAGUGGCACAAGAAAACCCCCAGCAAUUAUUACCAUCGGCAAUCAGGGCAGCUGGACCUGCACUGGGGGCGCCGACGUCUAAUGGGGAUAUUCAGUACACAAUCAGACCGGUGGUGCCUGCAAACAAUCGGGCUGCCGUGCCCAUUUCAGACACGCCUGAAGCUCUCCUCGAAGCUCUCCUCCCAGAAGCUGCCGAGAUUCUUCAGCCAUUAAACCCAACCCUUUCAAACCAACUAGAGCCUAAUGUAGUGGCACCAAACGACCCGAGUCGUUCAUCAACAACACCAGCCCAAUUGCCCCCGACCGCAUCAAGCGUCCACAGGGAAAUUCCGGCCGCUUUUCGAAGCCCCUUCUUUAACCCCAACACUGUCAUACCGCCCAAAGACCCCCUUGUCUUUGCGGAUAAGUAUAUCAGUAAAUUACCAUUCCCACUCGACCAAGUAACAGCUGUGGGAGGUACUGAGAGAGUAGUGGAACCAUCUGUUUCGCAAAGCAGUCCUUCACCACCGAACAAUAACACCUCGAACAACUCAAUCCCUUCCCUAGUACCAUCUCAAGGAAGUUUCAAUACUUUUGCUAAUAACUCACAGCUGUCUAGCAAUGAGCCCACAGAUAACUCAAUCGCAUCACAAUACCCACAGACUUCUGCACCAGGUUCCGGGAGAACCGUUGCACCCCCUCAAGGAAACAUCUUGAUUCCUAGUAACUCUUCGCUUCCGAUUAACAUCCCCGUGACUGCGACCAGCGACUUGAAUAACACUGUGAUACCACAAUACGAACUUUUAUCUGCGGCCGCCGACGCGAGAUCAGUUGCUUCACCUGCAGGAGAUGUCCUCACUCCAAGCAAUAACCCCCCACUUCCUAAUAUCGUACUCACAAGUGCUACUACCAACUUGAAUAAUUCAACUUUGCCGCAAUAUCAGCUUUCAUCUGCACCCGGUGUCGACAGAACAGUUGUACCCUCUCAAGGAAACCUCACCAGCUCUGACAACAAUUCCUCGCUAUCGACUAUCAUUCCCGUAGCUUCCACCGCCAACUUGACCAAUUCGACGAUACUUCAGGAUCAACCAUUAUCCACGUCGGGUGCCACGAGAACGGCUGCACUGCCCCAAGUACUUCCCAGUACUUCGGGUAGCAAUUCCUCGCUACCGAGUAUCAUUCCCGUCAUUCCCACUCAAGGAAACCUCACCAGCUCUGACAACACUUCCUCGCUAUCGACUAUCAUUCCCGUACCUUCCAUCGCCAACUUGACCAAUUCGACGAUACUGCAGGAUCCAGCAUUGUCUACUUCGGGAGCCACGAGAACGGCUGCACUACCUCAAGCACUUCUCAGCACUCCUGGUAAUAAUACGAUUCUUUCAAAUGCUACAAGUGUCAUUACUUCGGUUAAUAGCACCGUUGUCAAUGUUGCUGCAAGUACCUCACCGCUUAAUAGCACUGUCCUUCCUGUCCAAUGA